AUGAACUUACCUCUUCCAAAAAUUUGUGAAUCCUAUCGUGGAAAAAGUAUCUUUAUCACAGGUAGCACUGGAUUCCUUGGAAAAGUUUUGCUGGAAAAACUUCUCUUUUCCUGUCCAGACAUUAAGAAAAUUUACAUUUUAAUUCGGGAAAAACGAGGAUUAAGCUCAAAAGAACGUUUCGAUAAAUUUAUAUCGCAUGAAAUUUUUCAUCGGAUCCGUCAAAAAAAUCCAAGUAUUUUGGAAAAACUUUAUCUCGUGGAAGGUGAUUGCAUAUCAGACAAACUUGGGAUUAAAGAAGAUGAUCGACAACUCUUGAUCAGUUCCGUUAAUAUAAUUUUUCACGUUGUGGCACAAGUUAAAUUCAAUCAACCCGUUCAAAGUGCUGUCGACUUCAAUGUUAACGGAACUCUUCGAAUUUUGAAUUUGACAAUGGAAAUGAUGCAUUUGGAGCAUUUUGUUUACAUUUCAACUGCUAUGGUGAAUCCUUGGAAACGUCAGGUACCAGAAAAGGUUGAACCUUUUUCACUCACUGGCUGGAUUCCAAAUGAAAUUUUAAAAUUAACCGAAUCUCAAACUAAAAUUUUGAAUGACCGCGUUGGUGAUUGUGGAAUUUAUCCGAAUACUUAUACCCUGUCGAAGCAUAUGGCGGAGCAUUUGGUUGUUUAUUUUUCUAAAAAGCUGGAAAAAGCUCAUACAAUUAUCGUACGACCUUCGAUAGUGACAGCAGCUGCGUUUGAGCCUUUAAUUGGAUGGACUGAUAGUUUUAAUGGUCCGGGAACUGUGAUGGUAGAAGCGGCCAGAGGAACACUUAAAAGUGUAAUUGGUGACGGAAAUAAAGUAGCGGAUAUGAUUCCAGUCGAUUUAGUGGCAAAUACAAUAAUUGCAAGUGUAUGGCAUCAAACAAUUGAAGGCAAAAAAGGCACAUUAACCGUCUAUAAUUGUACUUCAGGUGGUUUAAAUCCGAUAACGUGGAGAACAGCAGGAUCACUAAUAACAAAAUAUACAAGAAAAUAUCCAACAAACCAUAUUUUGUCGUAUCCUGAUAUGAAAUUCAGACCGAAAAAUAUUAUACAUCGAGUCAUUGUUCUUUUUCUCCACUUUCUUCCUGCCCUUGCAAUUGAUUUUGGACUAAGAAUGUCAAACAAGAAGCAACAAAUGUUUAAAAUCGCAAAAAUAGUUGAUGCCGCUAUUGAAGCUAAUGGUUAUUUUACCAUGAAAGAAUGGAGUUUCGAAAUUAAAAAUUUCCAAUCGCUUUCUGCGCUACUAGAGAAGAGCGAGAGUCAGUACGAAUUUAACUGCGAUGUGAAAAGUUUUAAUUGGGAUAUUUAUAUUGGAAGCAAUGUGCUUGGAAAUCGAAAAUAUUUGUUAAAAGAUCCUAUGACAACUAUGAAUUCAGCUAAACGCAAGCUUUGGAUGCUAUUUUUACUUCGUACUUGUGCUCAAAUGGUGUUUGUUUAUUUUUUAUUGCGCUUAUUACAAAGCUUGUAUGUUCUGCAUUAA